AUGGUUGCUAUCAAAGCAACAGACAGAGGCCUCAUAUCCCCCCGUGUCUCCUCAGAUACACUCAUGUACCCAUACGGACCCAAGUUUGGAGACAGAAGAACCCCCAAGGCAGACGAUGGGGCAUCUCCUGAAAUCCCCAUCUCAGUGCGCUUCUCCUUCUACAACAGCAAUUACCGCUCUCUUUACGUGAACAAUAAUGGUGUGGUGUCGUUUGGCGUCCCUGUUAACCAAUUCACACCUGACUCUUUCCCGCUGACCGAUGGCCGGGCCUUUGUGGCGCCAUUCUGGGCGGAUGUGGAUAACCGCAUCACGGGCGAGGUGUGUUUCCGGCAGAGCCGAGACCCGCAGCUCUUGCAGAGAGUCACGGCUGACAUCAACACCUACUUUCCCCACGAAGAGUUCACUGCGACCUGGCUCUUUGUGGCCACUUGGGACCGCGUGACCUUCUAUGGCUCCAAAUCCUCCAAGGUGAACACCUUCCAGGUGGUUCUAACCACUGACGGCGACCUGUCCUUCAUCAUGCUGCACUACAGUGAUAUCCAGUGGACAACAGGGGCGGCGAGUGGUGGGGACCCCCAUACUGGAUUGGGGGGCACCCCAGCUCAGGCUGGAUUUAACAGUGGUGGGUCCAAAAAUUACUUCAACAUCCCUGGCUCACGGACCCCAAGCAUCCUGAAGAUCAGUUCAAUGAGCAACAUCAAGAGCCCUGGGCGCUGGGCCUUCCAGGUGGACAAUUUCGCUGUGCCCAACGGCUGUGUCUACAACGCCAACUUCCUGCCCCCUGGCACUUUCUUCUGGAGCGACCAGAAGUGCGAGCGCCGGUGCCAGUGCAUGUAUGGGGAGGACGGGGUGACAUGCCAUGCAAGGGGUUGCUCCCCGGAUGAGGCCUGCCACCCAGCCUCCUGGUAUCACGUGUGUCAGCCCAUCAGCCGAGCAGCCUGCCAGGCAUGGGGAGGGCGGCACUACAGCACCUUCGACGGACAACUCUACCACUUCCAGGGGGCCUGCACCCACGUGCUGUCACAGCUGUGUGCCCCCCCGCAUCCCUCCGGCCUGGCACCGUUCCAGGUGGAGGCAGAGAGUGAGGAGCCAGGAGCGGCACAGGGGGCACCCGGCACCCGCCUUGUCCGGGUGACAGUCUACGGGCAGGACAUCGCCAUGGCCAGGGGGGCCACUGGACAAAUCACGCCUCGCGCUGCGGCUGUCGGGCUCUCCCAGCUGCGCACGCGCAGAGGAGACGACGGAAACAAGGCGGGAAAGAACUAA